AUGUCCUCAGGCAAAAAGAGGAAGACACGAGGAGAUCAUUUCAAAUUGAGAUUUCAGAAAAACUUCCAGGCUCUACUGGAGGAAGAGGUGAGGUCCAUAAGUCCAGCCCUGCGGCUCUGCUUUCCUCCCCUCUCUUUAAUCAUCUGCUCCUUCUCUGUUUCCUUCCAUCUCCAGCUGCUCCCUAUAGGAACUGAGUCGGAAUGAGGGACCCGACUGCCCCGAGCCCUCCAAACUGCCCCAGCGCCACUUCUGUGCGGUGUGUGGUUUUCCGUCUCCGUACACCUGCAUUUCCUGUGGGGCACGCUACUUCUGUGUCCACUGCCUGGGCACGCAUCAUGAGACCAUGUACAGCACUGGCACUGCAGAGGGUGUACCUGAUCUCUUCUCUUUUGGUUGA